ACGCUCACUGGGCAUGCGCGGGACACCUGUUCCUGUACCAGAUACGUCAGGUCACGUGAUCCAACAUGGCGGCGGUCUGAUAUCAGAAAUCCGAAAAUCACACAGAAAAUGAAGAAAUUGAAAUCUCUCGUGGCGCUGAAGGACAAGCUGCAGCAGGUGGGGGAUGAGGACAGAAGCCCCACAUCACCGGACAGGCCGCUGUAUAUCUAUAAGGAAGAAGAGAGAGAGUUCCCGAACGAUCCCUUAGCCGAUCAGGAGGCCAUAGACAGUAUAGAGGAGGUGUACUACAAGGAUGACUCCUGGGACCCCAGCAAGCAUGAGCUGCAGAAGCUACAUGAUGGUCCGGAGAAGUUGAGUCUAGAAGACAUAGACAAGGACAGGAACAGGCUGCGCAGGCAGCUAGCUGCUGUGUCUAAGAAGGUGUCUGAGCUUGUGCUGGAGAACCACCCGGCGUACGCACAGGAACUGCAGCGGGUCAUGGACCUGGAGACCGCUCUGCAGGGGGCCAACGUCAUCUGUAUCAACGGCAGAAGACAUUUGGAGAUCGCCAAGCAGGGGUUCACCACGGCCAGCCUGGGUCUGUUAGCCAAUCAGCGCAAGCGCUCCCAACUCCUGGGGUUAAUGAACUCUCUCAGGACCAUCAAGACUCUGCAAAGAACAGAUGUGAGGCUGAGAGAAAUGCUCGAGGAGGAAGACUACCCUGGAGCGAUCCAGCUGUGUCUGGAGUGUCAGAAGGCAGCCAGUAUCUUCAGACACUACAGCUGUAUCAGUGACCUCAGCUCCAAACUGCAGGACACACUCGAGAUGAUAGAGGAACAACUAGACGUGGCCCUGUCCAAGACCUGUAACAGUUUUGAUGCUGCCCACUAUGAGAAGGUGCAGACGGCGUACAGGCUGCUGGGGAAAACUCAGACUGCAAUGGACCAGCUCCACAUGCACUACGCCAGUGCCAUCCACAACACAGCGUUCCAGAUCGUACUGGGUUACGUGGAACUCUGCUCUGGUACUGGGGACACAAACUUCCAAAAAAUGCAGUACAAGGACCUCUGUACUGAUAAGCACAUCAUCACAGAGAGCUACAUCCCCUGUCUGAUGGACCUGUGCAAGGCAUUGUGGGGCGUGAUGAACAGCUACCACAAGACCAUGCAGUGGCACGAGCUCCACGACUCCACCAAUCAGGAGACAGCAGAAGCAGGCCUUCAGUUCAGCACUUCAGAUGCGACCAGCUCCAUCAACAUAGAAGCCACCUUCAACCAGAGAUAUGUGAAACAGAAGCUGGAACAUGGGCUGGCUCGGAUAUGGCAGGAUGUCCAACAGAAGGUGAAACUAUACCUGUUGGGAACGGACCUGUCCGUCUUCAAGUUUGAUGACUUCCUUCAUGUUCUGGACCUUGUUAACAAACUGAUGCUGAUUGGUGAAGAGUUCUGCAACAGUAAGUCGGAAGGUCUGCAGGACUCCAUAAGAAAGCAGAGCAUCAACUACUUUAAGAACUACCACCGGUCCCGGAUGGACGAGCUGAGGAUGUUUCUUGAGAACGAGGCCUGGGAGCUCUGUCCUGUCAAGUCUAACUUCACCAUCCUCAACCUGCAGGAGUUUAAGUUCCUGCGCCGCUCAGGCCUUGUGAAGAAACUCUCCUCCGCCAUGUCCAGUCCCCAGAGCUCCCCUGCCAAGCUGGCGGAGACCAGGGACAGGCCAGGGGACGCUCCGCAGGGCUUCUUUGUGCGGUACGGUGACCAUGGCAACCCGUUUGAUGUGCACCAGGAUGAGGAUGAUGGAGAGGAUGUCAUGGCAACAAACGGGUAUGAUGAAGAUGAGAAGGAAGAGAACACCUACGCGGAUGAUGACAGUGAUGACAGUGACGUACCAGAGGAGCUGAAACAGGACUUUGUGGAUGAGAAAACCGGGGAGACUCCUGUCAGAAGAGAUUCCAGGAAGAAGUAUGACAAGAGCCGGAAGUUCAACAACGCCCCGAUCCUGACCAACACCACGCUCAAUGUGCUUCGACUGUUUGGCAAGUACAUGCAGAUGAUGAAUGUGCUGAAGCCGAUCGCCUUCGACGUGGUCAUCUGUAUGUCUCAGCUGUUCGACUACUACCUCUUCUCUGUGUACUCUUUCUUUGCAACAGACUUGGACUUGCAGAGUGCUGCUGCAGACUGGGGUUUGAGUAACAAGCUGAAAACAACCUUGAAGAGAAUAAACGACAACCUUAUACUACCAGAGGACUCCAUGAUGCCAAACCUACAACAGCCUGUACAACAGGUAGAGGAUAGAAAGGACAAGGUCCCGUUCCCCCACGUGUCCCCUGUUGUGGACCUGACAGGGACCCAGAACCUGUAUGGGCUGGCUGAGAGGGUGGUCGCUACCGAGUCCCUAGUGUUCCUUGCGGACCAGUUUGAGUUCCUACAGCCACAGCUGGAGUCUGUCAUCCCUCCUGCAAAGAAGGCUUUCCUGCAACAGUUCUACUCUCAGACCAUCAGUACAGCUUCAGAACUGCGGAGACCAGUAUACCGUGUUGUUGCAGCGAAGUCCGUAGUUUACGACCACAUUCUACAGCUGAUGGCCAAUGUGAAAUGGGACAUUAAAGAUAUCAUGUCACAACACAGCUCCUAUGUGGACGUGCUUCUUAGGGAAUUACAAGUUUUCAGCAAUAAACUGGACCAAGUUGGAAGACAUGUGCCGAUCCCCCAGCCUGUGUACAAUGUCCUGUGGGAACACUGCAUCCGACUGGCCAACAGAACCUUUGUGGAGGGUUUUGCGAGUGCGAAGAAGUGCAGUAACGAGGGUCGAGCUCUGAUGCAGCUGGACUUCCAACAGUUUCUUAUGAAGCUGGAGAAACUCACAGACCUCAGACCCAUUCCUGACCGUGAGUUUGUUGAGGUGUACGUCAAGGCCUACUACCUGACAGAUGCAGACAUGGAGAGAUGGAUCAGGGACCAUAGGGAAUAUUCCACCAAGCAGCUGACUGGGCUUGUCAUGUGCGGUGUCGGCUCACAUAUCAACAAGAAGGCCAGACAACGACUGCUGGCCACCAUCGAAGACAUGGAAAAGCUCAAGAGAUGAUGCAGUGUAGAACUGCCCCCUUGCAGUUCAGCUGUGAAGCGCAGUCGGACGUGUUGGUUUAGACCAUGAAUUCAGCAAUGCAACGUAGAGCUGACAUAAGAUGUAGUAACUGUUUAUCGGAAGAAUAUCAGUAUGGAAUUAUGUAAAAUUCGUCAUGAUUUUUGCACACUGAAAGGCGAUCAGUAGAUGACGAAAGUCUCCCAAAACCCAUUGCAACUUUUGUGACAAAUAUGCAUAACUGUAAGUAAGAAUGUAGAAAAAAAGCUUGAAGAUCAGGACAACUACCGUAAUUCUUGGCCCUUUUUUUGAGAUGGUUUUAAUGAAUGUUUACGGUUUGGCAGUGAAUGCUUCAUUGCGGACUUGAUUAUAUAUAAAACUACUGUUGAUUCGAUUAAUGUACAGUAUGGGACUUAAGUGAAACCACAAACUAAGAAUAACCACAAGCAAUCCAAUUAUUCCCUGCCGCAAAGCUAAAAAAGACUUACUGUGAACUUAAGCCAUUGACCUUAUCGAAGGAGUAUUACAUAGUAACAACUUGAAAGUAAAGAAAUUCUAUGUAUAUAUAUAUGUAAAUGUAAGUUUAACAGGCUGAGCAUGAUUGACAUUUUAUUAAAGUUUAUUUGCCAAAAACAAUUAUGAAGAAUCAGGAAGAACAAUACGUUUGUUUAACUAGGUACAAAGUUUUGAUCAAGACUAUCAAAUUGCAAUUUACAUUGUAUUAGUGCUAAACGAGAUAGCAUAUAGGGUACAGAUUCAAGAUUCUAAAUCUGAAGCAUACGUUUCCAAAUUGGACUUAUCCAAAUUUUGAAUUGUCCAACAACAGUCUUUGUCUGGGAAAAAGCAGUAAACUGCUUCUGUGACAUCAGUUUAUGCUGUUGUUUGCUUAUUCCUGGACAAAGACUGGAGUUAGACUGUCACAAAGUUUGGAAAGCCCCUUUUUUGUGUUGGAAUAUUACAGUUUAACUUGCUUCAGGACGAUUUCUUCCAGCACAGUUGAACUUCCAAGCUAACAACUAGUAGAUUUUUCCAAUUGUUACUUACCCUGUUCUGAUGAUGUUGCAAUAUUCCUAUUCAACUAAUAUAUUAAUGAUGACAAUAAUGUGUUUUAUUAUGCUAUGAGGUUCUGUAUUUUUUUGUAGGGACCAGAUUCAGCCCGCCAGCCAUAAAAGGUACAAAUCAUCAAACUGAAGUUUUGUUUGGUAUGUUUACUGUUCUGUUCAUGUUUCUGUUGCAAAUUCUGGUUUGCUUUGCUUUGGUAAUUAUAACAAAAUACAAUGAUAGCAUCAUUU